UAAAGCUCUCUCUCCAUCUAAAACAAAACAUCAUCAAUGGCUGCUUCCUACCACGUCCGGUCUUGUAGCUUACCAGCUCGGUUACACCCACAUGGUCUCAACCAGAUUCAGCAACUCCUUAAUAAGCUUCCUGCAGAUGAUAACAAUAGUCUCUCGCUUCUCUCACAUCUAUACGACUCUGUCUCUCAUCUCUUCAACGACUCACCUUCUUCACUACUACUACCUCAUCACUCUUUCUUCACCCACCUUCUUGAUCUGUCUCUUGUACACCUUGACUUGUGCUCUAAGCUAAGAGACAUCACUUGCCGCAUCAAGGACUGCCUCCGUGACCUCCGUUCUGCUUUCAGACGGAGGAGACACAGUGGAGAUUCUACCAUACGCUGUCACGUCAAAGCCUUUAUCCGCUCUAAGAAAGCGGUUCAUAAGGACAUUGCUAAGCUACUCUUGUUGCUCAAACAAACCGCCCUUUCCUCCUCCGAGUCGUCUCAUCCCUUGAUCACACUGCUCCAACAAGUUUGUUCCCAAACAUGUCAUUCCUUUAGGACAGUCUUAUUGUCCCUAUCCACAGCUGUUCCCAAGCCCAGGCCUUCCAAAUGGGCCUUGGUCACCAAACUGGUGAUCAAGAACAGUACUAGUACAAGUGGUCAAGCUCGGACAGGACACAGAAACGAAUUCCAGAUGAUGGACGAAGAACUGCGAAGAUUCAGCUUAGCAGAAGAGAUAAAGAAGGAUCGGAUCAAGUCUAUGAUCACCAACUUGGAUCACGUAGAUGUUGCGGUUGAAGAUCUGGAGGAGUCGCUUGAAAGAUUGUACAGGCGUAUGAUCCAAGCUAGAGUUUCUCUAUUGAACAUACUCUCUUUGCAUAUAUAAUUAACUCAUUAAUUAUUCCAUGUAUGUAUACAACAUCAUCCAAAUUUUAGCGGAA